AUGGAGGAAACUGAGCUCUGCUUCCCACAUCUCUCCAACUCCUCCUGCAGGAGACUGGAGAUCUCUCACUUCGAGGUCAUGUUGUCUUAUGUGAUGCUUCCCUCCAUCUCUGGUCUCACUGCGGUUCUCAACCUGCUGGUCAUUAUCUCCAUCUCACACUUCAGGCAGCUCCACACUCCCACCAACCACCUCCUCCUCUCUCUGGCCGUCUCAGACUUCUUUGUUGGCUUCUUUCUCUUCUUCCAGAUGAUGCUCAUAGACGGCUGCUGGUUCCUCGGGGACGUCAUGUGUACUCUGUACCAGUAUUCAGCCUACAUCAUCACCUCUGCAUCGAUAGGAACCAUGGUCAUCAUAUCUAUUGACCGCUACGUAGCCGUCUGUUACCCUCUGCAUUACUCCAGCCAAGUUACACAGAAAAGAGUGCAGAUGUGUGUGUGUGUGUGUUGGGUCUGUUCUGUGAUAUAUCAAAGCUUUAUUCUCAUGGAUAACCUGGAGCAGCCGGGCAGGUAUAACUCCUGCGUUGGAGAGUGUGUUUUUGUCAUUAACUAUGUUGCUGGAUUUGUUGAUGUGACUUUUUCCUUUGUUGCUCCCAUUACUGUCAUCAUAGUUCUGUAUUUCCGAGUGUUUGUGGUGGCUGUGUCUCAGGCUCGGGCCAUGCGCUCCACCACUGCAGCUCUUUCUCUCCAGGGUCCAGCAACCGUGAAGAAAUCUGAGCUGAAAGCAGCCAGGACUCUGGGGAUUGUGGUUGUGGUGUUUUUACUCUGCAUGUGUCCAUUUUACUGUGUUGCUCUCACAGGUCAGGAUGACGCCCUCAAUGCUUCAUCUGCAGCCUUUGUUAUAUGUUUGGUUUACUUUAACUCCUGCCUGAACCCCAUCAUAUACGUGUUCUUUUACCCCUGGUUUAGAAAGUCAAUUAAGCUCAUUGUCACACUUCAGAUUCUGCAGCCUGAUUCCUGUGAAGCCAACAUGCUGUAG